CAACGAGCAAAGUGAAAGAGUAGGCUGAAGAGACCAAAACUAGCUUUGCUUCCUCCAACUUGAGGACGGCAUUUUCGUUCCUUAAACUCUACACGGAGUUGAGAGUUCCGUCCUGAAUUUCAAAGAAUUAUCGAAGAUUGGGAACUGUAUUCAAGUGCAGGACGAGGAAAUGGGAUCAGAAGGACCGAAGAGUGUUGUCAUUCAUGUGAGUGGAUUCAAGAAGUUCCAAGGCGUUGCUGAGAAUCCCACAGAGACCAUAGUUAAGAAUCUAAAAGGCUUCGUUGAGAAGAAAGAGUUGCCUGCUGGUCUUACUCUGGGCAGCUGCACUGUUCUUGAGACCGCAGGAGAUGGCGCACGUCCUGCUCUUUACAAGACCAUGGAUUCCGGCGUUUCAACAACUGAUUCUACCACCAAUGAACAAGUCGUAUGGCUUCACUUGGGGGUGAAUAGUGGGGCUCUAAAAUUUGCCAUUGAGCGGCAAGCGAUAAAUGAAGCCACUUUCCGUUGUCCAGAUGAGUUUGGAUGGCAACCUCAGCAACUGCCAAUAAUCGCCGAGGAUGGAGGAACUUCUCGAGCUAGAGAGACUUCGUGCUCGACGGAGGCAAUCCAUAAGAUCUUGAAGAAGAAAGGAUAUGAUGUGGCAAUAUCAGAUGAUGCAGGGCGUUUCGUGUGCAAUUAUGUCUACUAUCAUUCCCUCCGUUUCGCCGAAGAAAAGGGUCACAAAUCUCUAUUUGUCCAUGUUCCUCUCUUUUCAAGAAUUGACGAAGAAACUCAGAUGCACUUUGUGGCCUCCCUUUUGGAGGCGAUUGCAGCAACAUGUUAAUGUUAAUACUCUGAAUGCUUCUCUUUGCGUUAUCUUGCCAUCUGCGGCUAAAUGUAAAUCAAGGGUGUUAAUAUCAUUACAAUUGUAAAAUAAUCUAUAUGAACGUCUAUUGCUGUUUGCUUUUUGGGUGAGGGAAUUUGCUGUCCUAUUGUCCAGGAAUGUCAUUAUAUAUGUAAAAAAAUUCAGCUCCAUCGUGUGACGGUGUACGAGUAUUUGCUGCUACCACUUUGUCUGAUUAUUCCUUUU